CGUCUACUGAGUCCAGCCUUGUUGCAAUGCGAUCUAUGGUCACUUAUAAAGUGCCCCACUCCCCGCGUUCCUGACUCUGCAAAGCAUUCAUCGACAUCCCCUUUGCCCUUGUUCGCCGAUAUGAAGUUCGCCGCUGCUACUGCUGCAGUCAUCCUAUCCAAAAUCGCCUCCAUCGCGGCACAUGGUGGUGUUACCAGCUGGACUAUCGGUGGUACGACCUAUCCAGGAUGGCAACCAUACCUUUCAGCCGCCGGUCAGGACACCGCUGGUCGUCCUUACUCCAGUUACGACCCUAUCUUGAAUGCUGUUGCUCCCACCCUUCAUUGCAACAAUGACGGGUCGAAUGGUCCAAUCCCUGAGUCACUCACAAUUGCCUCUGGACAAUCCAUCACUGCUCAUUGGCCUCAGUGGACGCAUGCGCAAGGUCCUGUUACUGUCUACCUUGCAUCAUGCGGUGCUGCUACUUGCGAUAGCGUCAAGAGCAGUGGCCUUCAAUGGUUUAAGAUUAACGAAGCCGGUCUCCUCAGUGGUACUGUGUAUGAUGGUACAUGGGGAACUGGUAAGGUCAUGGACACCUUGGAAUGGACUGCGACAAUCCCUGCUUCCCUCAAACCCGGUGCAUACCUCAUUCGUUUCGAGCUUCUCGCUCUUCACCAAGCCAAUACGCCUCAAUUCUACCCGGAGUGUGCAAACCUCAUUGUAACCGGGAGUGGCACUGCCUUCCCUUCAUCCUCGUUCCUCGCACCUAUCCCUGGUGCUUGGGGAGCCAACGACCCUGGUGUCAACAUUGACAUCUAUAGCGAGGCAGCUAAGUCAAUGACUUCUUACCCGAUCCCUGGCCCUCCUGUCUGGUCCGGUGACAACUCUGCACCACCACCGUCGUCGACUGCUGCCCCGCCUGCUACGACCGCGCCCCCUGCUGGCCCUAGUACCACCACCGCUGCUCCUCCCGUAACGACAACUGCUGCAGGUACCGUUGCGAAGUAUGGUCAGUGCGGUGGAAUUGGUUACACAGGUCCCACUGGUUGUGUUGAGGGCACAUCUUGCAACCAUGUCAAUGACUACUACUUCCAAUGCCUGUAAAUCUUGCCUUCGGAAAUGCCACAAUUACUAUGAAUAAUCGGCAUGUAUCUAUUUGUAAAUAUCAGUAGUUCUUUCUACUUUCGAACCUCUUGGUUAAAUGCAAGCGACCUGAAAAGCACUCAAUAAGGCAAUAUCUAUAGG